AUUCGUGACAUUUCAGAAAACAAACACACAAAAUUGACAGCACCCGAAACAAAGGAUCCAAUUAAGAAUUGAAGAAGGCAAAAUUCAAUUUCCCAAGAGGAAAAAUCAAUAAUCACAGUCGUAGAAGAAAGCACACACAACUGACGCCAUGUUCCACUUCAGCGGCUUCAACAUGAUGUUCCCAGAGGGACGAAACUUCCAUGCUACAUACAAGUGCUACUCGGUGUCGAUGCUCCCGGGCAACGAGCGCUCCGACGUGGAGAAGGGAGGCAAGAUCAUCAUGCCGCCCUCCGCCCUGGACACGCUCACUCGCCUAAACGUCGAGUACCCGAUGCUCUUCAAGCUUUCCAACAACAAGAAGAUGCGCUCUUCGCACGCUGGCGUCCUGGAGUUCGUCGCUGACGAGGGAAAGUGCUACCUGCCCCACUGGAUGAUGCACAACUUGCUGUUGGAGGAGGGCAAUAUACUGAUAAUCGAGAGCGUCUCUCUGCCCGUGGCCACGUUCUCCAAGUUCCAGCCGAACAGCACCGACUUCCUGGACAUCACAAAUCCCAAGGCCGUGCUGGAGAACGCGCUGCGGAACUUUGCGUGCCUCACCAAGGGCGACGUCAUCGCCAUUAAAUACAACAAAAAGAUCUACGAGCUGUGCGUUCUGGAGACCCGUCCCGGCAACGCCGUCAGCAUCAUCGAGUGCGACAUGAACGUGGAGUUCGAGGCGCCCGUCGGCUACAAAGAGCAUCACGAGACCCAGAUUCCGGGCUCGGGCCAGCAGGGCACCCAGGGAACCGGGGCCAGCGAUGCCAAUGCCCUCGGGGCCGCCCUCGAGGAAGUGGUGGAGACUUUCAAGGGUCCUGGCGUUCGACUGGAUGGCAAGAAAAAGAAGGAGAGUCAGCUGGAGACACCAGUGGUCAAGAAGUUUCUGCCCCGCGGCGUUCCGGACUACCAUUAUAAGUUCGGGCAGAUCAGGUUCGAUCGCAGCAUUAGACCAGUCAGCGACCGUGGGACCGAUGAGUCCGGCGGCUUGGAGGACAUAAAAGAUGUGAAUAGCUUCCACGGCACGGGUUUCUCCAUGAAAAAAACUCGAAAGUAG